CAGAGGCCCUUCUGGUAUAUGGUGAAGAAGGACAUGCAGAACCCCGUGCUCCUGGAGCUGGAGGUGUUGGAGGGCCACGGGGAUCCCCCCGGGCGGCUCCUGGCCCGAGCACAGCACGAGCGGCUGUUCCUGUGGGACGGGGUGCGGAGAGUGCCGGUGCGAGAGGGGAGGAUCCGGGCGAUGCUUUUCCUGCCCCCCGGAGAAGGCACCUUUCCAGGGAUCAUCGACAUACAUGGACUUGGAGGAGGUCUUGUGGAACACAGAGCCAGCCUGCUGGCCAAUCAUGGGUUUGCCACACUGGCCCUGGCUUAUUUCAGAUAUGAGGAUCUGCCCGAAAACCCAACUGAAUUCCACCUGGAAUAUUUUGAAGAGGCGGUGAACUACAUGCUGCAGCACCCACAGGUGAAGGGGCCAGGGGUUGGCGUGCUCGGUUACUCCAAAGGAGCUGAUCUGUCUCUUGCCAUGGCUGUCUUCCUGAAGAACAUCACAGCUGUUGCUUCCAUCAAUGGCCCCGUGGCCAACCUAAUUACUCCUCUCCGUUACAAGGAUAAAACCAUCCCCGUUUUGCCCGUUGAAAAAAAACGGAUCAAGGUCACCGAUUUCAAUAUUCUGGAUUGUUCUGAUGUCCUUAUUGACCCCUUUCAAGCCCCUGGCAACCAAAGCCUCAUCCCACUAGAGAAAGCUGAGGCACAGUUACUAUUCAUUGUUGGACAAGACGAUCACCUUAUUAAAUCUGACUAUUAUGCUACUGAAGCCUGCAAGCUUUUGCAGGCUCAAGGGAAGGAAAAUUUUCAGAUUCUGUCUUACCCUGGAACAGGGCAUUGCAUCGACCCUCCCUUUUUCCCUUUCUACUCCAUAGGAAACCACCCCCUUUUUCACAAGCGGGCAGUCCUGGGUGGGGAGCUCAAGGCUCAUUCUAAAGCUCAGGUUCAUGCUUGGCCACAGAUCCAGGCUUUUUUCAACAAAUAUUUGAAUGACAAAUAA